AUGUCGCGGGAGGAGCGGCCGCCGCUGCGGUGCGACUCCCCGAACUGCCCCGACCUGUUGCGGGAUGGGGCCGGCGCCUCGCCGCACUCCCCAUUUUACCGCAGCUUCUUCGAGCAUGAGUGCCGCGCCAUCGCCGCCCGCCUGCUCGCGGGCUCCGCCGCCGCUCCCGGUCCUUCUCCCUACCCGGCGGAUAUCGGCGUGCCGCGGUCGCCCUCCGCCGGUUUCGUCACCUCCACGCCCCUCGAGUCCUCGCCGCUCCCCGCCGCGGGCAGCCCGCUCGGAUCCGCCUUCCUCAGCCGCUCUCGCGGGGCUCCGCGGCGCCUCGUUUUGCCCCGUGCCUCGGGAUGCUCCCGCCUGGCCCGCCCGCAGCCCCGCAGGGUCGGGCGGGUCCCCCCCGGCCGGCUCCCUGCCCGCUCCCCGGGCCGCGCUGCUGGAAAGCCGUCCCUGGCCCGGCGGGUAUCUGCGGGGCCGGAGCCACGAGGGGCUGGCAAAGGGCCCGGUGCCCCCGCUACCGAGCUGCCCGUGCCCCCAGGCGCCAAGCUGAAGGCGAUACCGGUUGCCAGGUCCAGGCUGCAGCAUCCCACCAACGGGGCCCCGUGCACCGGGCCCAAGGCUUCGCACCGGGACAAAGCGACGGAAACUGCUGGCAAGGCUGGGGGCCGCAGUCAGCUCCCUUGGAGGCUUCCCACCGCGAUUCCUACCGUGGCUUCUUGCUCCCGAUUGCAGCCAGCGGGAAAAGUGGCUUCCUCCAAGCACGCUUACCUAGGUCGUGCUUCAGAAUCGCCUCUUCAGGAACCAGUGUGCAAUAGGACCCGAGACCUGAUGGAAAAUGAUAAAGCCGACCAGACGUGGGUGUGUGUGGAGUCCCCUUAUCUCAGUGCACUGCACCCUGGCUGUGGGGAGGCAGCCUGUGCUGCGCAGCCUGCAGGUUGCCAGCUGUCCCAGGAGCUGGAGCACAUGAAAAAGGAGCUGGAACGAGUGAAAGGGGAGCUAGCCGAUAAGACCGCCCAGUGUGAAGCCUACUGUCAGACAAUCUCCUCCUUGCAGGCUCAGCUCAGAGCAGCAGGAAUCUGUCCAGAAGAUGCUGCAGAGGAUAAGAACAGCGUCUGGGAGAGAAACUGACAGCUUCCCCCAACACACGGGACAGAUGGCACAGACCUGUCCAGGCACCUGAGCUGCUGGGCGGGUGAUAUUUACGUAGCACUUUCACAAAUGGAUGUUUUUAACUCCUUGUAUUCAAAAUAAAAAUGUCUUUUCUUGCA